UGUCACUAAAAGCAAAGAAGACACUGACUCAAUUUAAGGUUAGUGUAGCCAAAGCAGUGCACAACAAACACAAAGUUUAAUUCAUACUGAUUCAAAUCAAUUUAUUUUAUAUUAGUUUCCUUCGCAAUGCUGUCCAUUCAAGCCUACAGUGGUAGUAGCAGUAGUAGUGACGAAGAUGAUCCAUCGAAAGAGGGUUCGGAAGCAACGCUGGAGCCUCCAAGACCAAUUUCUCCAGAAUCAAUCAAAUUCUCCUUGAAGAAGGAUCUUCAGAUAUGUGCAGCCCCCACUGUACUACCGCCUGCAGUGGACACAGAUACAUUGCAUAUUCACCCAGACGCAAAGGAGCUAAUGUACAAUCCCAAGUUUGAGGAGUUGUUUGCACCAGUGGUUGGACCUACAAAUCCAUUUAAGACCCAAAAAGAAGUAGAGAAAAACAUACUAUCAGGUCAUGUAGAACCUGCCCAUGUGAGUGAGUUCCAAUUCGAGAACCAGAGAAGGACUUUUGCAAGUUUUGGCUAUGCUUUGGAUCCAUCUGUGAGCAUUGAUCAGCAGGGCUUGACAAAAGUCAUCGGAAGUACUGAGGAAGCUAAAGAUUCGAACAUAAAAACAGUAUUUGAAAAAACUCAGUUGAGACCUCUAGAUAAAAGGAAAAGGCAAAAGAAUGACAAUCCUGAUGAUAUUGAGGGCUUCUUGGGGCCAUGGGGCGGCUUUGAGGGCGAACAGCGCGUCAUACGACCAACGGAGGAGGAGCAAGCCGAACUGCAAGAGCUUGUCUCAAAAAGGACUAGAAGAGGAAGGGAGCCAGAAGAAAGACACAUUGAAGAGAAGUCUGUCUUACAUAUUAAGGAUGCUGUUGACUAUCAAGGGCGAUCCUAUUUGCAUGCCCCACAUGAUGUUGGCAUCAAUCUGAAGUCUGAUGCACCUCCGGAUAAAUGUUUCCUGCCAAAGUCCCAUAUUCAUACAUGGACUGGACAUACCAAGGGAGUCUCGGCAAUACGUUGGUUUCCAAAAACUGCCCAUUUACUUCUAUCAUGUAGCAUGGACUGUAAAAUUAAAAUAUGGGAAGUCUACAAGGAGAGACGUUGCGUGAGGACCUACUAUGGACACAGACAGGCUGUUCGAGAUAUCAAUUUUAACAACAACGGAAACCAGUUUUUGUCCGCUGGUUAUGAUCGAUAUAUUAAAUUAUGGGACACGGAAACAGGACAAGUGGUCCACAGGUUUACCAGCAGAAAAAUUCCGUACUGUGUGAAGUUUAAUCCUGAUUACAAUAAACAGCACUUGUUUGUAGCAGGAACUUCUGAUAAGAAAAUUAUUUGCUGGGACACCAGGUCUGGGGAUAUCGUACAAGAAUACGAUAGGCAUUUAGGAGCAGUCAAUACAAUAACAUUUGUGGAUGAACAUCGUCGUUUUGUUACCACUUCGGAUGACAAAUCCUUGAGGGUUUGGGAGUGGGACAUACCAGUGGACAUGAAGUAUAUUGCAGAUCCCACCAUGCACAGUAUGCCGGCAGUAACACCCAGUCCAAAUGGCAAAUGGUUGGCCUGCCAAAGUAUGGACAACAAAAUCGUAAUUUUCUCGGCACUGAAUCGCUUUAAGUUGAACCGAAAGAAAACUUUCACUGGACAUAUGGUAGCGGGGUAUGCCUGCCAAUUGGACUUCUCGCCAGAUCUUUCGUAUCUUGUUUCUGGGGAUGCAGAUGGAAAAUGCUUUAUCUGGGACUGGAAAACCACAAAACUGUACAAGAAGUGGAAAGCCCACGACAAUGUGUGCAUCAGCUGCUUGUGGCAUCCUCAUGAGCCGAGCAAGUUGGUAACAGCCGGAUGGGAUGGACUUAUUAAAUAUUGGGAUUAAAAUUAAUAAAUAUACCACGUUAUUAAGUA